AUGAUGUUUAUCGAGAACACUACCCCUGUCUCUUUCUGCGCCAACUGCAAGUGCGGUAACGCCUGCGGCUGUGGUAACAGCUGUGGAUGCACCAAGAACCAAGCAAGCAACAGCGGUUGCGGAUCUAGCAGCUGCACAUGCACCAACUGUGCUUGCAAGGCCGGCGAAUGCAAGUGCUAA